UAUAAACCACUGUUAGGUGAACAAAACUAUUAUAUAAUACUAUGUAACAACAUAUUGCAAGAGUCCUAUACAAAUUAUUAGAAAAUUUUCAUUUCUGGGCCAACCUAAUUUACAAAUACAAUAUUUAUGGAAUGUGUUACGACUGUGUUUGUUAUAUGCCUAUAGCAUUAGUUUGUUUGUUUAUGUGCGUUUGUUUACAUGCAUCCCGCAGUAUCAGAACUUGUGGUCAGUCAUUGAACGGUAUCAAUUCAUCAGCGUUCCGCAUUCAAAACGCUUGUCCGCCAACGCGAUCGUUUCAAACUCAUUAAAGCCGCGCUCAGCAACAGUGGUCGCAGAGUGCAAUUGCUCCGGAAAAGUGUGGACCAGACAGCCGUGUGCCAUUUCAAAUAUAAUAAUUGUUUCUGUUAACCUACAUACAUACAGCUGUGUUAAAAAAAAAUCGCUGAUGAGUGCUCAUUCGCUUGUUAAAAUAAUGAACAACUUUACAACAAUUGGUUUCGCGGAUCAGAAUUGGCGGGUUGACGUCUGACAGCCUUGAGCAACAACAACGAACAGCACAUUCCAACAAUAAAGUUUUCAAAAGCUAACAAAGGGCAAGAAAGUGCAAAUAACACAAUAAUUUAGUUGAGGAUCAAAUCUUGAAGUUUUGUGGAAAUACGGUUCGAGUUCUACGUUUACGAUAUGGCAGAUGGUAUACGUAAAAGCGAACGAUUGCUGAUGCCGUGGGGUUCAUUUUAUGCCCCCAUCUUGCGUCCAUCUCCCAGAGCACAGGCAACAGUCAAAUCAACUUUGAUCGCUAUGAAUGCGAACGAGCGGACGCCGCUAUUGAAGAAGGGUCAAAGUUAUGGUGGCACAUCGUUGGCGGCAGCGGCGGCUAUGAGUGAUGGCUAUGUCAGUGCGAGUGCAGCAGACAGCAGUUAUGGCAGCGACAAUGAUAACUCGAGUGUCAAAGAAGAUUAUGCUGGACAUGAGAACGCUGGGAUGGGAAAGUAUAGAAGGGAUUGCUGCUCAUAUUUGCAAAUUAUGACAUUUGUUUUGAUUCUAGCCGGUGGCUGUGUUAUCGCCACUUAUCUCUUGAUUGCUGAAUCGCGUAUACCGGCCAUGCAAUUCUCGUUGGAUCUGGUGCAUCGUGACAUAUGGAGCAAUGUUUCCGCGCCACUUGCAGACUUCCUUAACUGUUCUAACGUGAUAAAUAUUGUUAUAAUGCAGACGGGUGGAUCUGGUUGUGAAAAAUUAGACAAAUGUCUGAAAAUACUACGGGAACUACAAAAACAGUAUCAAAAGCAGCUUGGCAUGGCGCAGGAGGUGCCAUUUAACUUCCUAAUCGGCGGUGAUCGUCAGACAUAUGAGGCACGCGGCUGGAACUAUGAAAGCGGUUUGAAUUGGGUGGCACAAAAUGCAACACUGGUGAUCGCUUUCAUAGGCAACUACACUACACUGGCACCCAACGCUUUGCAGCUGCGCUCAACGCUAUCGCUUAUUGCGGAGUCGGUGCGGCAAAAGAAACUCCAGAGUCAGUACAAAAUUUACGGCUUACAAAAUUUAACAAACAGCGAAGUUGACGGUAAAGCACUCUUCGACUCUAUUAGCCAGUGGACCCAGUUCAAAGGGCUGAUACAAGUGCGCUGAGCUUUGCACAACGGUUGUGUGUAUAGACUAGUUUUUCCUGAUAUUACGGGUGUAAAUUUUCAGUAGGAUACUCAAGUUCUUCUUUCGUGCCAGAUCAAGCGAAAAAAAAAUUAAAAACAAAUUAAUUAAUUAUUUAAAAAGUAAGCAAAUGAUUUAUUUAGCCAUUACGCAGUUACACAAAAGCACGAAGCAUUGUAUUUGUAUUUAAAGUAUAUAUAACACUAUACGCUCGUAUAAAUAUAUGUAUAUACAUACAUGUAUGUAUGUAUAAGUC